CUUUUAGCAAAGGCUGUGAGGCUGCAAAUCCCUGCUCUUGCGUUGCUUCAUCUGCUCCUCUUCACUGAGUGAUCCGUUCCGCUCAGCUCUUCAUGCUGCACAGGCUAUUUGAUAUAAGGGGAAACACUGGCCUGAACUACUUCCAGUAGGAAUACAAGAGCAACGCUUGGCAUCCUUGUACCCCCAGUGCCUCUCAGUCUUACUGAAAUACCAUGUUACUCCUCAGCCUGCUCUGCCUCAUUCUACCCCCAGCUGAAUCCUUUGACCCAGAGAUGGAGAUUGUGAUCCCAAAGGUGGUGUGGCCAGCAUACACCGAGCUGCCUCACGGAGAGGGACCAAACUACAGGAAUCCUAGAAAAUCUCGCUCUGUUCUGGGUGACACAGGGAAUUACCCAGAUAUCCUGUACAUACAACUGCCUAUGGCCAGUAAGAACCUAUACUUGAACCUACAGAGGGACCAUCACUUUCUGGCUCCAGGAUUUAUAGUGGAGGAAAAAACCACUGAUGGAAACACAAUAGAGAGACAAACAUCAGUGGAUGAUCUCUGCUUUUAUACUGGACAAGUUCUUAAUCACAGCAGUUCUUUUGCAUCCAUCAGUACAUGUGCUGGGCUGACUGGAUAUAUUCACAUAGGAGAGGAGCAGCUCAUGAUCCAGCCGAUCAACAGUACAACAGAGUCCAAGUUUCCGUUGUCUGGAAGAGAACACAUUAUAAGGAGGAAGCGUUCCGUAUCGCCCAUCUCACUUAGCCAAUCAAAUGUGGAGCAGAGUAACUGCCAUGUUGUAUCAGGGAAGAAGAAAAAGCAGCGGAAGAGGGAGGAAGGAGAAGACUGGCGCGGACGCAGGAACGCAAUCCGACUGAAUGAAGAGCACAGCGUGGAGACACUGGUGGUGGCAGAUUCUGACAUGGUGCAGUAUCAUGGAGCUGAGGCUGCCCAGAGGUUUAUUCUGACUGUUAUGAAUAUGGUAUACAACUUGUUUCAGCAUAAGAGCCUUGGAAUAAAAGUGAACAUCCGAGUGACUAAGCUGGUUCUUCUGCACAGUCGACCGGCCAAACUCUCUAUUGGUCACCAUGGUGAGAGGUCCCUGGAGAGCUUUUGCCACUGGCAGAAUGAGGAACAUGGAGGAAGCAAGUACUUGGGGAACAACCAAGUUCCUGGAGCGAAGGACGACAUUCCUGUAGAUGUGGCUGUGUUCAUGACCAGGACAGAUUUCUGCGUCCACAAAGAUGAACCAUGUGAUACUGUGGGAAUAGCCUACCUUGGAGGAGCAUGCAGUGCCAAACGCAAGUGUGUUCUAGCAGAGGAUAAUGGGCUGAAUUUGGCAUUUACUGUUGCUCAUGAGCUGGGCCACAAUAUGGGAAUGAGCCAUGAUGAUGACCACCCAUCUUGUGCUGGUCGUUCACACAUAAUGUCCGGUGAAUGGGUGAAAGGUCGGAACCCUAGUGAUCUUUCUUGGUCCACCUGCAGCCGGGAUGAUCUGGAGAACUUCCUGAAGUCCAAGGUGAGCUCAUGCCUCCUAGUGACCGACCCCCGAAGUCAUUACGCCGUCAGGCUUCCCCACAAACUCCCUGGAAUGCAUUACAGUGCCAGCGAGCAAUGUCAGAUCCUGUUUGGCAGCAAUGCCACUUUCUGCAAAAAUAUGGAGCAUCUGAUGUGUGCUGGACUUUGGUGCCUGGUGGAAGGAGAUUUGUCUUGUAAGACUAAGCUGGACCCCCCUCUUGAUGGCACAGAAUGUGGUGCAGAUAAGUGGUGCAGAGCUGGAGAGUGUGUGGGCAAGACCCCUAUACCACAACAUGUGGAUGGAGACUGGAGUGCAUGGAGUUCGUGGAGCAUGUGUAGCAGGACAUGUGGCACAGGGGCUCGUUUCAGGCAGAGGAAGUGUGACAACCCUCCCCCGGGGCCUGGAGGUCGCAGUUGCCGAGGUGCAAGUGUUGAGCACAUGGUUUGUGAGAACCUGCCCUGUCCAAAGGGAGCCUCGAGCUUCAGAGACCAUCAGUGUCAGUCCCACGAUCGCAGCAGUAACAAGAAAAAAAGCCCCCUCACAGCUGUCAUCAUUGAUGAUAGGCCAUGUGAGCUUUUCUGCACCCCAGUGGGCCGUGAUGCUCCAGUGCUGAUGGCAGACCGAGUCCUGGAUGGGACACCUUGUGGUCCUUAUGAGACUGAUCUCUGCGUUUAUGGCAGGUGCCAGAAAAUUGGCUGUGAAGGGAUCAUUGGCUCUUCUGCUAAAGAAGAUCGAUGUGGCAUAUGCAAUGGCGAUGGCAAAACCUGCAAGGUUGUGAAAGGCGACUUUAAUCACACCAAGGGAAUGGUUAACCGUAGUCAUUGUAAGAAGGUUUCCACAUGUGUCAUGACAAAGGCAAAGGCACAACCCAAGUGCUUCACAUGUUAUAUUGAAGCUGCUGUGAUCCCUGCAGGAGCCAGGAGAAUUCGGGUGGUGGAGGACAAGCCAGCGCACAGCUUUCUGGCUCUGAAAGAUUCUAUCAAGAAAUCCAUUAACAGUGACUGGAAAAUUGAGCUUCCCGGAGAUUUUCAGAUCGCUGGAACCACCAUCCGUUAUGUGCGCAGAGGCCUGUGGGAGAAGAUCUCGGCAAAGGGACCUACAAAGACCCCCCUGCACCUCAUGGUAUUGCUAUUUCAUGACCAGAACUAUGGAAUCCAUUAUGAGUACACCAUCCCAGUGAACCAAUCAUCAGAGCAGAAAACUGAGCCGGAGAAGCAGCCGGAUCCCCUGUACAUGUGGACACACAGUGGCUGGGAGGGAUGCAGUGUACAGUGUGGGGGAGGCGAACGACGAACAGUGGUGUCCUGUACGAAAAUAGUGAAUAAAACCAUGGUCAUUGUGAAUGACAGUCUCUGCCUUCACGUGUCUCGCCCUGUGCCACAGGUCCGCAAAUGCAAUGUUCAUCCUUGUCAAUCCAGAUUCUCUUCAGUUUAAUAUCCCAUGCCAGUGACACAACUGAUUUGUCUCAGCGGAGUUCAAGCUUUACAGCCCAGUGUAGAAAUAAAUCAUCCAAGCUGAUGAGUGAUUAUCUACUACUGGUUACUGCAGUGCAGCUACUUUGUGCCAUAUUAGAGUCUGAACACAGAGAAGCACGAUUUGUUCUCGGCUCCAUCAAACCACAAGUUCUUAAAAAUAACCAAGAACUGACGGUCCAAGCAAAUAAGCUGACCAAAUUUGUCUUGCAACUCUGACUUUACAAAGACAUAUUUUCUGCUCUUAGUGGAAAUAAAAACUGAAACUCAAUCUCCCAGAUUCCUUGCAGGGCUGGUACAGUAUGUGAAUGGUGCGCUUUGUGAGUCCUGAAAGCACUGCUGAUAGAUGGUAAACUCUCUGGGGUCUGGGGGUUUCCUACUUUCAGGCGUUUUAAGGUUAGGGUAUGGAACUCAUCAAACUGUCAGUGGUGGAAGAGUGUUUCUGAGCUGCUGCCAGCUGCAUAAGCUACGUGGAUAUAUGUUCCAGGGAAGUGUAGGUAAGAUGUAUUAAACGAAACACCAUUCUGUAUGUACUGUAGCUGCAUAGCUCAGCAUUGCAAGUUGUCUUUACUUGUCCUUAUGAUCCUGAUAUCUGCUGGGACAUUUGAAAUGUAUCCAGUUGUAACCCAAUACACAGGUAUUGCUUAGUAGGCAUUGCUAUUGAAAUAAUUUUGUGAUAUACAUACAAGUUGAAUGACAUUUAUAACCUACAGAUUAAGAACAGCCAUUAAGAAGUCAAUAGAAAGUAAUACAUAAGAGAAGCUGGGACACUACCAGACAUAUUACUUCCCUGAUAACUCAUAAAAAACAAAAUGAGGGACAGUUGUCAGCCAUUGCCUAUGCCUUGCAUUCUGUGUAUAAGCAGCACUUUCUGUUUGCUGGGAGACAUCCAGUGAGAGUUCUAGGUAUUGUAUCCACAGUAAUCCUGACAUAUUUUGGUUUCCAUGUGACAGCAGAUGUUGCCCCGUUUCUUUUCCAACUGCAGUCAGAUUUCCAGGUAAAUGAUUCAUGGCCCUGCCUCUGCCAGCGCUUCUCAGCUGUUCUAAUCUCAUACAAACAUGGGCAAGUUGAAUUUCAUUGCUGGAAAAAAAAAACAAAUUGUUCUUUCUAGACAGCCUAUUCGCAUAUACUGGGGUCAAUGUAGUAAAAGUCAGAGAGUUGCACCGGGUCGAGUAAUCCAUAGUGACCAGUGGGAUGUUUUCUUACAAACAAGUACAUGCUGAUUGGUUGCCAUGGGUUGGAUCUGGUACAAAGGUUGCAGCUUGUAUUACAUUAACCGAGUUGUUUUUAUUUUUCAAGUUCUUUACCUUUUCCUUGCCAACUGUUUUCACCACAACCCAUUGAUAGGCCACAUUCCUCUCCCAUUGCGGUGAUUCUUUAAUGCAGUAAUCUAGAUUCUAUGUUAUCAGCAGGUUGGUAACUCCCAGUUCUACUAAAUUGCUUAAAGCAGUGAUCCAGUUAAUCUAGAGCCUCCUUCAGGAGCGACAAAUCUCCUCUUCUUCGUGGGCAGGGGGAAGGCAGUUCGGGGAGAUUGUCGUCCCGAAGAAGAGGAGAUUUGUCGACUAAUCUCCCCAAAUCUGCAUGUGUGGCCUGACCCUUAGGGCUGGAGAGAGGAGAAUGAUCCUGGUAGCAGAGUUUAAGAUUGAUUGGAGGGGAGAGACAUGGGAAACCGGUUAAUAAGAGAUUGCAAUAGUCUAAAUGGGAUAAGAUAAAGGCAUGGAUUAGUGUACUUUCAAGUCCAUUCAUAUGAAUUUAUGACUACUAGAUCCCUUCCUGUGUUGCUUCAUGUCUUUAUUUGGUCAUAGAACAGCUAACAUAUUACAUAUUCCCUAUAUAAUGUUCUAAGAAUGAUGUCAAAAGUCUUUAUAAUAAUAUUUGUAUUAUUAAAUGUGAUGUCACAUGUAUUACAGAUAUACCAUGACUAUGUAAGACAACUAGGGGUCACAGUCCAAAUGUGUUUCUAAUGGUCUAUGAAAACGUCAAAUAUCUAUUUAAAGAAGGUGGUACAUUAUAUUUAUUAUUAUUACUAACAUGUGUUUAUAAAGCCAGCAUACUCUGCAGUACUGUACAAGGCCCAGUCUGGCCAGUGGGAUACUGGGAGAAAUCCCUGGCCAGGAUAUGCAGGUUAAGUGGAGUUGUUUGCCAGUAGCAGCAAGAGGAGGUAUGUGGUGGGGUGAUGGGGUAGUUGGCCAUUAGGCUAACAAUUCUCCUAACAUUAGAAUCACCCUCUUCCUGGUCUGCACCCAAAACAUUGCAUUAGCCCGGGUACAGGCACCAACAGCAGAAUAUCUAAGUAAAAUGCAUACUCACAAGGUUUGGUGACAAAAUCCACCGGCUGUGCCUGCACCCAGGCCAAAGGAAUGAUUCUGGGUGCAGGGCAGAAAGGGGUGCUUCUUGUUGUAGGAGGCUGAGAAAACGACCCGUCUGGCAUAAGCCUUAAGGUGACAGCUCACAUUAGACCCCAAACACCCCAAUCUGACACUAAGAAGGCUACAUGCUUUAUUCUGGACUGUCACGUAGAGGUAUGAAAGGUCUGUGGCUGAUUUGCAGUUCUAGCAGGUUGGUGUGGCAGAAGUCCAGAUGAAGCCAAGGCCUAAGUUCAAUCCUGAUUUCAAAGUGUUAAAAAUGUUCAUAAAUGUGAUUUUACAAAAUCAUAUGUUUUUUUUCUGAUUAUUUUUUGGACUGAAUGUAAUUGCUCAUAAAGAUAUACUGUGUCCAUACUGAUGGGCAACCUGUGGCCUUCCAGUUUGCGCCAUCCCUAGCAACCAGUAAUCAAAAUUGGCAAAAAUAAAAAUGUAAAUAUUUUAAAAGAUGAGGACCAUGUGCAAAUUGUCUCAGAAUAUCACUGAUAGAAGAGUUUAUUUGAAGGCCAGCGUCUCCUUUAAUGAUGUGAGUGAGAUCACAGUGUGAUGUGUGACCCAAGGGCGAGUGUGAGAGCUGGUGUGUGUCUGUCUGUGUGUGUGUGAGUGUAUGUCUGUGUGUGUGUGAGCGACGGAGGGAUUUCUCCAUGUUGGUGCUUUGUGCGCAGUCAGACUACCGAGCUGGAAAAUGUGUGGGGAGCCUCUCAGCAAUCACACAGGAAUGUUAGUGUUGGACUGCAAGGCUGGAGUGGAGCAGCUGUAUUAUGCUAAAGCUUUCCUGCCGCUCAGCUGGGACUGGGUGUGUGCUGGGACCUGCUACCCAAAGCCACAUUCACCUGAUUAUUUUCUGUCUGGGAAGCUGCCUUCAUUUAACCCCUUCUGGUCUGUUUGCCUUCUCUACUGCCAGGCAAGGGUGCAGUGCCUCCAAUCUGGGUCUAAUUACAGAGUCCGACUGGCCUUAUACAGCACCAGAGAAUCUCCAGACAGGCCCAGGCCGUCAAACAUUUUUUUAUCUUCCCCAUAUUCUUAUACCUUGCAAUAUGAUCAGACACUGAGCUCUUCUCUGCUUUCACUGUAUAACCAAUCCUACACAGUUUCUUUUCUGUGAUCUUUUUAUUUCAAAGCAUUGGCAAUUUUUAAGUGAUAGUGUAUGCUGGAAGUUUUGUAAAGAGACCUUUUGCAAAAAUAGCAGCUUUAGUUAUUUUGGGUUAAGUAUAUACCAGCUUUGCAUAAUGUUUAUGAAAGAUUUUAGCCUAUUCUUCCUGAUUUGCUUCAGAUUGUUCAGGUUACUGGGAUAAUGCUCAAGAACAAGAGAGAGCAAAUACCCCCCAAUGGCUCAGCCAGAACCCUGAUCUCAGUGCAACAGAAUAUCGGUGACACUUUUUGAAAACUGCCUAUGUUUAAGGGCGUAAAAGGCAGCAGUUUUUUUUUAUCCUUUUGCCCACUUUUUAAGUGAAGCCAAUAAAGACUACUGGGGGAAUGUAAUAUUGGUCGCUAAUAGAAAAAUCGUUUACAAUGUGAAUAAAUGUUCUUAAUGGGAACAAUUUUGCCUUUUUCGAACCUUUGGCCCCUUACACAACAUUAGGAUAGUGAUUGUGAAUUUUAUAGUAUAGUGUGCAGUGUAUGUAAUAAAACUUCUUAAUAAAAAAGCCUAAUAAAG